UGGCUGUGAAUGCUCCAUGUCUGUGGACAGCGCCUCCUCUCGGAAACAGGGAAUGGGCACGCGAGAUGUUCGAACGCUCAAAGACGGCAUCCCUAACGAUUCAUGCCAACCUCGAGCGCAAUCAUACGGGCACUCUAGAAAAUCUUGAACUCGCACUUCACCAUGCAUGGCGUCUACGGCAUUUUACCCUCAGUUAUAGCCACGUCCCGAUUCAACGCGUUUUGGAAUCCUUUCCUCGUUCGGCCCCCCGUCUUGAAUCACUCGUCAUCUAUGACGGCCCUCGAUAUUCCUUAGCUAGCUACCCGCCUUUCAAACUGGCUGAUGAUUCAUUCUCCGACACAGAUCGCCUCCGUCGAUUAGAACUCGUGAAGGUUGAGGUCAACUGGGAUUCUCAUCUUCUUAGCUCCCUAACUCACCUGAAAUUGGAUGACAUAUCCUUCGGAGGAAGGCCUCUGACUACUCAACUCCUGAAUAUGCUACGGAGGAUGCCGGACUUGGAGGUGUUAGAAUUAAGGAAUUGCCUCGCGUUGGAUGAAGGCCACGAAGACCCCGAAUCGUCCAAGAAACCUGUCCUCCAUCUCGCUCACCUUCAAUCAUUGAAUUUAACCGGUACACAUUCAGAAUUGGAGCCGCUUCUCCGUCGCAUAUCGGUCCCUCCGACAGCCAAUAUCUCAUGUCUGGCCUCGGGCGGUCGUAACCCGGAAUUCACCAAAUUUAUUGCUGCGCUUUCAGCAGUUCGUGUAGCAUCAUCCAACACCGAACACGCUCCAGUCAUACGAGCACUCCAUAUAACAAGUCCUAAUCCCGCGAGCCUGCGUUUCCAGGUGUACUCGGAAGUGCAGCCUGACUUCCCUUAUUAUGGCCCCCACUACAACGGCAAGAAACCCUAUACUGAGGUCGGUCUCGCCUCUGGGUCGGUCUUUACAACUCCUCAGGUGGAGCAGUACCUAAGAGCCAUGUACAGUGUGCUACCGUUGGCGAAAAUCGUCAAGCUACAAAUAUCUAUUCCUUUCAACUGCGUCGACCUUGGCGCUCCUGCGCUGUCAGACACAUACGGCACCCUACCAAACCUCCAAUCGGUUUGCAUUAUUGGACACUCAGCGUCCCUUUCGAUGAUAAACGCAAUGAUCGCAGAACCUGCAGAACAAACGCCAAACACCGGAGCAGGCCCAACCUCCGUGUCCUUCUCGCCUCUCCAAUCCAUCAUUUUUCAUGACAUCGAGUUCUACACCCCUAUCCAUGGGGAAGCCCAAGUUCUCACCAUCGAGCGUAUGAAGGACUUCCUCAUUGAACGGUAUGAACGGGGUGGGGAAAUACAGCGGCUCGAGUUUGUGGAAUGCACGCGAUUGUGUUUGGACGAUGUUGAGGACCUCAGGGAGAUUGUGGUUGAUGUUGAAUGGGAUCAGGUACAAAUGGGAUUCACGGAAACAGAAGACGACGAAGACUAUCUCGAUUAUGCAGACCCAUAUGAUUAUUAUGGUUCGGACAGUGACGAAUACUCCAUGUGGCCUUUUGGCUUUUAAU